AUGAGUGAUCCACACAGUUCAAUCUCGUGUUGCUCAAGGGUUCACUGUACCUUAUUUCUGUGAUGCUCUUCUCAGAAAUGCAAGAGCAUUUGUUUGUUUGUUUGUUUAGCAGAAGAUGUGAUCUUGAUUGCCCUUGUUUACUUUCAAAGGAAAGGCAGAGAAAAAAAAGAAGAGGAAAAAGUGAAAGAGGAGGAAGAGGUUAUGGCGGUACCAAAAUUUGUGGGUGAAGGAAGCUCUGACAAAGAAUGGUGUCCUCCCCCCGACCCUGAUUUCUCUAUGUACGUGUAUGAAGUUACCAAAUCAAUACUGCCCAUAAUCAAUAUUAAGGAGCAGAUUGAGGUUCUUGCAAAGUAUGUGGCAGAAAAAAUGGGUGGUAAGAUUAUAAAAGAGAAAAUACCUGAUUUCAGCUGGGAACUUCACAUAAGUGAACUAAAAUUUCAACUUAAAUCCAAUGUCAUACCGAUUGGACAUGUCAAAAAAGGAAUCUUCUACCAUCGAGCUUUGCUUUUCAAGGCUCUGGCAGAUAGAAUUGGCAUUGGUUGCUCCCUAGUUCGCGGAGAGUACGGUAGAGCGUGGAAUGAAGUCAUGCUGCAGAAUGAAUCUCGGAAGGGAGUGAUCGGGGGCCUCCCCACUUUUGAGGUGUACGUGGUUGACCUCAUGUUCCAUCCAGGUGGACUGAUGAAGUUGAGAAGUCGAGAGGCUGAUCUUUACAGACUCCUUUAAGCCAUCAGACGAAUACAAGAGAGGCUCAAACAAGAAAUUCACUGUGUACACUCUCUAAGACAUUCUCCAAAUUGAUUUUAUCUCUUUAAAUAAAAACUUUAAAUAAAA